ACCAAAACCACCAUGGGAAAGUGCAACCUCCAAACGAUAGUUCUGCUCGCAUUCGCAACGAUGCCGCUACUGAUCCAGGCCUUCGAUUGGUUCUCGCUAACGCAAGCCAGUUACGCCGCAAUCCAAUCGGGACUAGCUCAGCUGAACAACGCUUCCGUGGUCAUCAACGGAACCAUCAAUACCCAGGCGAACCUGGCAUCGGCUGCAAUUUCCGACCUGCAGCAACACAUGACCAAGGGUCUGACGGAUCUGCAGGCCCGUUUCCCAAAUCAGAACAUCAACAUUGGCAACAUGUUGAACGGGUUCAAUUGGUUCACCGGAGAAGUGCCCCAGGUGCUGGCCGAGUUCCGCCAAACCAUCACGGAUGACGUGAUGGCACCGUCUCAGGUCGUCGUCCAGAACAUCCUGAACGCGAUGACCGAGUUCUUCUUGUCACCGAAACGUGCCUGUGCCCAGCAGCACGCGCAGAACUUGGUGCAGCCGAGGAUUUCCGUGGGUCGGUUGGCGCAGUGCUUCCGCGAGGACAUGCAGUUUACCGAUAAACCAACCGCGGGAACGCAAAUGUUGAUGAACGACGGCAAGGCCAUUUCGGAUGUGAUUCUAGGCCAGUUGAAGUACUGCUCGCCGGGAUCGAGCAACUGUACCGCCGCGUUUUUCAACGGACUUCCCAACCUAAUGCAAACAGCCACAUGGGCCGUCGCAAAUUUACAAGGUUUUCCAAGGUUCUGGACGCAGGCUGGCGUUCCUUUCAAUCAGAAUUGUGCCGCUGCCAUCGGUGCCGACAUACAGGAUGCCAUCCAGGGUAUUCGGAGUAGUAUUGCCAGAUGUUCAUGUUCAGGCUGUUUUAAAUAAAAUAUUCAAGUCACUUCCGACCGUUAGUAA